AUGGGGUUCGUAGAUGAAGAUCGUGUUCGCCUGGUUACAGUUUGGGUCCCCGUCGCCUUCAUUGCCUACGUAGUUUUAACAGCAGUAUACAACCUCACACUUCACCCUCUGGCCAAAUACCCCGGGCCGCUGUUGUGGCGCAUCUCGCCCAUUCCCUCGAUAAUCUCCCUGCUACGUGGUCGCAUUGCCUUUGAAUACAAGAUCCAUCACGACAAGUAUGGACCAGUCGUGCGCGUCAUGCCGAACGAGCUGUCUUUCAACACAGCAAAGGCAUGGGAUGACAUUUAUGGACACCGGGUUGGACUUGCGAACAUGGACAAAGACCCUAUUCAUGUCGGUGCCGUCGAAGCGAUACCAGGCGCCACGAAUCUAACAAUGGCACCGGAUAUUCACCAUGCAAGACAGAGAAGAGCACUUGCUCAUGCGUUCAGCAAGCAGGCCUUGCUGGAACAACAAUCGAUUUUGAAGGAAUAUGUGAACCUAUUUGUGGACAGGCUGAGGGACAAGGCGCAUAGAGGCGAACCAGCAAAUAUGGUUUCAUGGUUCAACUUUUGCACCUUCGACAUCAUUGGUGAUCUUAGUUUUGGCGAGCCAUUCGGAUGUUUACGAGAAGGCGAAGGUUCUGCAUCCGCAAACUGGGUAGUCCUAAUUUACGAAGCAAUAAAGUCUGGUGCCAUCGAACAAGCAACUCGCCGCUUUGCGAAACCAGGUUCUCUCACCCAGAAGUUCCUCAUGUGGUGCAUCCCCACGAUCGUCCGCGAACGUCGGUUCCGUCAUUUGCGCAACUCGACUGAGAAGACCGUGAAGCGACUGAACCAAAAAGACAACGACCAUCGCGAUUUCAUCUGGUAUAUUUUGAGACAAAGAGAGAAGAAGAACGAGGUCAGUGACGACGAGGUGAUUAUGAACGCCGCGCUGUUCAUCGUGGCGGGCAGUGAGACUACGGCAACGGAGCUGUGUGGUUUGACCAACUAUCUCUUGAGGAACCCGGAGACAUUCAAGAAGUUGAAAGAUGAGUUAAGAGGCGCAUGCAAGACUGAAGCGGAUAUUAAUAUGGAUGUCUUGGGCAACCUACCAUACAUGAACGCCUGCAUUGAGGAAGGUCUCCGCAUCUUCCCUCCCGUACCUAUUGGUCUUCUUCGCACAGUGCCCAAGGGCGGCUCACUGAUCGACGGCCAUGCCGUACCCGAGAACACAUCCGUCUGCGUCAGUUCCUGGGGCGCGUCGCACUCAGCUUCCAACUUCGCAGAACCAGACUCGUUUAUUCCCGAGCGCUUCCUCGAUACGCCGGAAUCAAAAGCAAAGUUUGCUAGCGACGCCAAAAAAGCGGCACAACCCUUCUCAACCGGACCGAGAGGAUGCAUUGGUAGGAACUUAACGUAUGUCGAGUUGAGGUUGAUUCUGGGCGCGUUUCUGUGGAACUUCGAUGUUGAGUUCACGGACGGAGCGCCGCUUUGGAACCCGAAGAAUGAGUUCGAGGGGCUGAAAGCGUAUAAUACCUGGGAGAAGAGUCCCUUGAUGGUCAAGUUGACGGAUAUUAGGAAAACGCCUUCUUGA